AACUAACAUGUGCACUUGGGCAAUAAAUUUAUAUAAAAAUAAAUGGGUUUGUUGGGUUGGUGGUUCUGUUAUUCUAUGGUUGACAGCGGAAAAGUGACCGUUAUUUCGUGCGUUUAAAAAUUUUAAAAAUGGAUCACCGGCUAACAAAAAUUUGCGAUGGUUUCGCAAAAGAUGAAAACGGGAAAAUUGUCACAUUACCCUUACAAUUACCUCAAAUAUCGAACGCUCCAAGUUCGUUAACAAGAAAGAGCCCCGAAAAAAGAAGCACGGUGAAGAGGAAAUUUAUACCAAUUGAGCGAAUGCCAUUUUGUGCCGCUGAUUUUGAGAAAUCUCCGAAAAAACGUAAAGUGGAAAGACCCGUCUGCAAGCAACUGUUUAAAGCACCCAACGAAAAACCACAAAAGAAGGGUUCUUAUAACAGUCGUCAGUCCCUUAUUACUAAGAAAAAAACGGUGCAACGUGCGCCAAAGGUCAGUGUACAAAAUGCGACUAGUGAUGAUUCAGUUUUAAUUAAUGCCGAUGAAAGUUAUUUAUCUGCCACCAAAGCACGACCUGCAACGCCUUUACAAACCUUAUCAAACCUUCUGUCACCCAUCAGUGACGGGUCUGCAAAUUCCGAAGACAGGGAGUUUUUACUGUUAGAACAAGCAUGUGCUUCGGCCAAAAAGCCCCCUAAAAACAACAAUCGUGUUGCAUCACCCAUGGCUUCAGUGUGUGCCUUACUAGAAAGUACAAAGAUAACAAAUUCAGUGCAAAAAACCAGCUCAAUAGUUGAUAAAAUAAACGCUUUACUGAAUGAAGAUGAUGAGGAGUUCCAGCAGUAUGUGCAGAAACGUCAAGUUAGAAGAAAUCAAAUAAGGGAACUGGUCCGUGGCCUGCUUGACGAAGAUAAGGAAAAUAACGUCAGAAGAUCGGAUCGAAUAGCAGCGAAACCAUCAGUUAAAAAGUUUGUUGUUUCACCUGCAGUUACGAAAAGUGUGGAUUUGCGUAAAUCAACCCUGAACAAAAAUCUAUCAAAGAACAUUGAAUGCAACAGUCCUACAAGAAGAGCGCUUGAUUUGUACACCAGUAUGCGGAAUGAAUGUGCUGUUUUGUGUACCCCACAAGUGGACAGAGACGACAAAAUGCCAUCAAGUGGUAGAAGAUCCAGAAGUAUCUCUAGGAAAAUCCAAAAGCAGUGUCUCUUGUUGCAAGAUACACCGAAUAAAUCAUCAUCCUAAUGCAGUUUAAUUUUGUAUUUUGUAAUUUACUGAUUUAUUAUUAAAUUUUCCCUCUACA